CUCUGCCAAUGCUCAGAGAGUAGCAGUGCGCUAGGCGGCAGUUAAGGGGAAGAUAGUGUCGGUAUUUCAUCCAAGCUCACUGGAUCUGUUUACCAUGGGAGAGUUCCAACAGCAGCUGCUCACUCUUUUGGGGGGUCUAAUUUGUCUGUUUACUCUGGUGAAAUGCAUUAGAUUUUUGAAGUAUUUUUUCCCAUAUGUAUGGAAUGCUUUGCCUCAGUCUUUCUUUCGGUCAAUGGGAGAAUGGGCAGUGGUCACAGGAGCAGGAGAUGGAAUUGGAAAAGCAUAUUCCCUGGAGCUGGCAAAACAUGGAUUAAAUAUUGUUAUGAUAAGCAGAACACUUGAAAAACUGCAGAAAGUCGCCACUGAAAUUGAACAGGCCACAGGUAGAAAUGUGAAGAUCAUACAAGCUGACUUUACAAAAGAUUACAUAUAUGAGAAUAUUGAAGAAUGUCUUCAAGGCUUAGAAAUUGGCAUUUUGGUUAACAAUGUUGGAAUGCUUCAUAAUCCUCUUCCAUGCCGUUUCCUUAAUGGAGUAGACACAGACGAGAUGCACAGAGAUGGUGGAGUGCUGUGCUGGAGGAGGAAGGACACGAGACAUAACAGGGAGGCAGGAGAAAAGAACCUCAUCAGCUGCAACAUUAUCUCUGUUACCAAGAUGACACGAAUAAUUUUGAAACAAAUGGAGCCAAGACAAAAAGGACUUAUUCUGAACCUUUCUUCUGGUUUGGGCACCUUCCCUUGUCCAUUAUAUACUAUAUAUUCGGCUUCUAAAGCUUUUGUAUGCACAUUUUCCAAAGCACUUCAAGCAGAAUAUAAGGCAAAGGGAAUUACCAUACAGGUGGUGGCUCCUUAUGCUGUUUCUACUCCAAUGACAAUGUACCAAAAACCCAAUCUCAUAACAAAGACUGCGGAGGAGUUUGUUAGAGAAUCACUGAUUUAUGUUACUGUUGGAGAGGAGACAUUUGGUUGUUUAGCCCAUGAGAUCUUGGCGUGCAUCCUGCAGCUCAUUCCGUUGUGGGUAUUCCAUAGUGACAGAUUUCAAGAGGUGUUCCUGAACACAUUUCCGACUUACCUGAAGAGGAACUGGAAGAGCCCCUAACAAAAUCAACUUUUUAGACCGUGUGAAAUUGUGAAUCCUAGCUUCAUACACUAUAAUUCUGGGGGCUAAAUUCAGCUCUGGCCCAGCAUGCUUACUGAAGAAGUUUGCUAAGGGCCUGAUCCAAAGGCCAUUGAAGUCAAUGUUUUUCCAAUGACUUCAAUGGGCUUUGGAUCAGUUACAGAGGGAUGGGAUGCUACAGCUGCUUUUGCUUCUUUAAACUGAGCUUGUAGAUGGUGGGUAGCUACAGGUGUUUGAUGUUUACAAAUAAGACCAUUUGCAUUAUUUCCAAACAUAGGUUUGUUUGCUUUGAUGCUUUUAGGAAGACUCGCAUGAUCUGUGAAGGGGCUUUGGAUUUUUGUGGGAGGACACACAGAUUUUGCUGGAGGAGGAGGAGAUCGUGGGAAGAAGUUUUAGAGGAUGGAGGGAAUCUGUGCAUAGGGGCUUUGGAAGUUUGCAGGAACAGUGUGUAUUAGUGGAAAGGGCUUUGGAGUCCUCCAAAGCAUUUUAUAUGAAUCCCUGUCACAGACAGGAUACUGGACUAGGUGGACCUCCAGUAUGGUGACUUCUAAUUCUGUGUUUGCAGGAAGAUGAAAGCUUAAGGUGAAGACUUUGAAUCUAGAUUGUGUAAUGUUUUCCAAAUAACUUUCAGAACUUCUCUUUAUUUUGUGUAGAAUUAGGAAGUGAGCAUUUUUUACACUUUGCAAUGUUGUUUUGUUUGUGCAUUCCAAAAAGCUAUUCAAUAAAGAAACAUUCA